CGCGUAGGCAGCUCUGCAGCAGGCUCGUACUCCGCAGCGACAUGGGCAGCGGCAAGCCCCGCGGCGUCAACGCGGCGCGCAAGCUGCGCACCGUGCGGCGGACACAGCGCUGGGCCCAGAAGAGGUACAAGAAGGCGCACCUCGGCACGCAGUUCAAGUGCAACCCCUUUGGCGGCUCCUCCCACUGCAAGGGCAUUGUCCUCGAGAAGAUUGGCAUCGAGGCCAAGCAGCCCAACUCCGCUAUCCGGAAGUGCGUGCGCGCUCAGCUGAUCAAAAACGGCAAGAAGAUCGCCGCGUUUGUGCCGCGGGACGGUUGCCUCAACUUCAUCGAUGAGAACGAUGAGGUGCUGAUCGCGGGUUUCGGCCGGAAGGGCCACGCCGUCGGUGACAUUCCCGGCGUGCGGUUCAAGGUUGUGAAGGUGUCUGGCGUCGCGCUGCUCGCGCUGUACCGUGAAAAGAAGGAGAAGCCGCGUUCAUAAGGGGGCGGUUCCGUCGGCCUGCCCCGCUGGCGAGGCCGCGCGCCGGAGUGGGCGCCUCGUGCGCCGGCCGUCGAGGAGACGGGAACUCGGGGGGUGUCGCUGCGGGGUGCAGACAUCCACACACGAAUGCGGGUUCUCCAAUGUGCUUCCGACUCGCAGGAAGGUAUGUGCUUGCUGCGCACGGGCGGGCGGGCGUGGGCUUACGUAAUACGACGCGCUGCAUUCCUCGUUUUC